CCUUCCUUUUUCGGAACCUUGAACCCUUGAUCCGCAUCGCAUUACGAGACGUAGGUCUGAUAAAAGGCCCACAACAAAAGCGCCGUGAGAGACGAAGAGCGACUUCUUCAAGCCCUAGAUCUGCUUCCUCUUCUUACUCGCGCCUCUUAGCUCGCUCUGUCGUUCUCGCAUUUCCUUUGAUCUUCUUUCUCUCCGUUUCCCCAGGGUUAAGGAUGGUUUCCGACGCGAGCAAGAAGAAAGCGGCUCAGAAGAAGGCAGCUGCGGCGGCUAAGCGAGGAGGAAAAGCAGCGGCGGCCGCUUCUUCCAAGGCGGCAUCUGCCGAUUCGCAGAAUGGAGUUGAUAAGUUGGCGAAUGGAGUUGACGCUCUUCAGUUAUCUGAUCGUACUUGUACUGGUGUGCUUUGCUCACAUCCUCUCUCCAGGGACAUCAGAAUAGAGUCUUUAUCAGUUACCUUUCAUGGGCAUGAUCUUAUCGUUGAUUCUGAGCUGGAGCUUAACUAUGGCAGACGUUAUGGUUUGCUUGGAUUAAAUGGAUGUGGGAAAUCUACACUUCUUUCGGCAAUAGGUUGCCGAGAGCUUCCUAUUCCAGAGCACAUGGAUAUCUAUCACCUUACACGAGAGAUUGAAGCUUCUGACAUGUCUUCACUUGAAGCUAUUAUAAGUUGUGAUGAGGAAAGGUUGCAGUUAGAGAAGGAGGCAGAAACUUUGGCUGCACAAGAUGAUGGAGGUGGAGAGCAGCUUGAUCGUAUCUAUGAACGUUUAGAAGCACUGGAUGCAGCAACUGCAGAAAAACGUGCUGCUGAAAUCCUGUAUGGUCUUGGGUUUGACAAGCAGAUGCAAGCUAAGAAAACCCGGGACUUCUCUGGAGGUUGGAGGAUGAGGAUUGCCUUAGCACGUGCCCUAUUCAUGAAUCCCACCAUCCUUCUACUGGAUGAACCAACUAAUCAUCUAGAUCUGGAGGCUUGUGUCUGGCUAGAAGAAAACUUGAAGAAGUUUGACCGGAUCCUAGUUGUGGUUUCGCAUUCCCAGGACUUCCUUAACGGUGUGUGCACAAACAUUAUCCACAUGCAGAACAGAAAAUUGAAGAUCUACACAGGUAACUAUGAUCAGUAUGUUCAGACCCGUGCUGACCUGGAAGAGAACCAGAUGAAAAUGUACAAGUGGGAGCAGGAUCAGAUUGCUUCCAUGAAAGAAUAUAUUGCCAGAUUUGGUCAUGGAUCAGCAAAACUAGCACGGCAGGCACAGAGUAAGGAAAAAACACUGGCAAAAAUGGAGAGGGGUGGGCUUACUGAAAAGGUGGUGAGAGACAAGGUUCUUGUCUUCCGCUUUGUUGAUGUUGGAAAGCUUCCACCUCCUGUUCUUCAGUUUUCGGAAGCAACGUUCGGCUAUACCCCUGACAAUCUCAUCUAUACGAACCUCGACUUUGGAGUUGACUUGGACUCUCGGAUAGCUUUGGUUGGACCGAAUGGUGCUGGAAAGAGUACGCUGUUGAAGCUGAUGACAGGGGACCUGGUUCCUCUGGAGGGCAUGGUUAGGCGACAUAAUCACCUUAGAAUUGCCCAGUUUCAUCAACAUUUAACUGAGAAACUAGACAUGGAAAUGUCUGCUCUCCAGUUUAUGAUAAAAGAGUACCCAGGAAAUGAGGAAGAGAAGAUGAGAGGAGCAAUUGGGAAGUUUGGGCUCUCCGGUAAAGCUCAAGUGAUGCCAAUGAAAAAUUUGUCUGAUGGGCAGAGGAGCCGUGUUAUAUUUGCCUGGUUAGCAUGGAGACAACCCCACUUAUUACUGCUUGAUGAGCCCACUAAUCAUUUGGAUAUCGAGACAAUUGACUCGUUGGCAGAGGCAUUGAAUGAGUGGGAUGGAGGUUUGGUCCUUGUAAGCCAUGAUUUUAGACUUAUAAACCAAGUCGCCCAAGAGAUAUGGGUGUGCGAGAAUCAAGCUGUAACCAGGUGGGAGGGUGACAUUAUGGACUUCAAGGCACAUUUGAAGAAGAAGGCUGGGUUCUAAUUGAAGCUGUAUAACUUGUGAGUUUUCGUUAUUAUUGAAAUCUACAGUGUAGAACAUCGCUUAGGGUGUGUUUGCAUAACUCCGCAGCUCGGCCAGCAUGCGUGUGAUGUGCUAACACAACAAGCCGAAGGUCUGAACACUGAUGAGCUUGGUUAUUGUUUCGAGCUAGCAAUUUUAAUGGGGCUAGUAGGUAAUGUUUUUGCUUAAUCAUUAUUAAUUCAUGUAUCCUAUAUCUUUUAGUUGGUUUUUGAAUCAACUAGAUAGAGCCAUAUCCAAUAUUAUUUUUAGACACCAUGCGACUAUGAACCCACACUCUUAUAUUUUCGGUUUUUUAUUGAAUGAAAUAUAAUGAUUUUGUUCCCUAUUGGGGCAUAA